AAAAGAAAGUUAAAGGUACUCGAGAAAGACAUUUAAUUAAACCAAUAUGUUUCUCGUAUUGUGUUUGUCUGUUUUAACAAAUUGUGUGUUUUUGUUCACUUUUCUCCCCCAUGAAUCUCUCCAAGGAAGCAAAGAAUAAAAAUAAAUAACAAUACUUACUGAAGAAAAACUAAUAAUAAUAAUAAAAUAAAAGCUUGAAAUAAUUAAUAAUAAUAAUUGUUGCCUAUUCAUAAUUACUCGUCCCUAUCCAUUUGGAAACUACUAGAACAAACUAAACUAAACCAAAACCUACAUACUCUUUCUUUCACUUAACAACAAACUCACUCGAAUCAUAACCAAAGCUCGAUCGCCAUGGACGCCGCGAACCUAACCCAGUUGAAGCAUUUCAUCCAACAGUGCAAGUCUGAUCCUUCUAUUCUCAAUGAUCCUUCUCUCUCUUUCUUCCGCGAUUACAUCGAGAGUCUCGGCGGGAACCUGCCUUCUUCUGCUUCCGAUCACGGCGGAGAUUCUAAGUCGAAGAGUUAUGUGGUGGAUGAGAGCGAUGAUGAUGUAGAAGAAGAAAGCGGCACAAAGGGGAGUGUUGAGGUGGAAGAAGAAGAGGAUGAUGAAAUAGUCGAAUCUGAUAUUGAGCUUGAGGGAGAUGUUGUUGAGCCUGAUAAUGAUCCUCCACAAAAGAUGGGAAAUCAGUCAGUUGAGGUCUCCGAUGAAGAUCGCGAUGCCUCUCAGUUGGAGAAGGCGAAAGCAAUGGAAGCCAUUUCCGAAGGGAAAUUGGAGGAAGCAAUAGAGCAUCUUACUGAAGCCAUUUCGCUCAAUCCAUUAUCUGCAAUUAUGUAUGGAACGAGAGCUAGUGUUUACAUCAAGAUGAAGAAACCCAAUGCUGCUAUUCGUGAUGCCAGUGCUGCUCUGGAGAUUAAUCCUGACUCCGCCAAAGGCUACAAGUCUCGUGGCAUAGCACGAUCAAUGCUUGGUCAGUGGGAGGAGGCAGCAAAGGAUCUCCAUUUGGCAUCAAAGCUAGAUUAUGAUGAAGAAAUAAAGGAUGUUCUUAAGAAGGUUGAGCCAAAUGUUCACAAGAUUGAGGAGCACCGCCGUAAAUAUGAAAGGCUGCACAAAGAGAGGGAAGAGAAAAAAAUUGAACGUGAGAGGCGACGUCGCCGUGCUGAAGCUCAGGCUGCAUAUGAGAAGGCCAAGAAGCAAGAAGAAUCAUCUUCUAGUAGAAGACCUGGUGGCAUGCCUGGUGGUUUUCCAGGUGGUAUGCCUGGAUUCCCUGGAGGUAUGCCCGGAUUUGGUGGUAUGCCCGGAUUCGGAGGCAUGCCUGGGUUUGGAGGCAUGCCCGGAUUCGGAGGAAUGCCUGGAGCUGGAGGCAUGCCUGGAGCUGGAGGCAUGCCUGAGGCUGGAGGUAUGCCUGGAGCCGGAGGAAUGCCCGGAGCCGGAGGCAUGCCCGGAGCCGGAGGAGUGCCCGGAGCCGGAGGUAUGCCCGGAGCUGGAGGUAUGCCCGGAGCUGGAGGGGUGCCUGGAAAUGUUGACUUCAGCAAAAUUUUGAAUGAUCCGGAACUGAUGGCGGCCUUUAGCGACCCAGAAGUCAUGGCUGCUCUUCAAGACGUGAUGAAGAACCCUGCUAAUCUUGCAAAGCAUCAAUCUAAUCCCAAGGUGGCACCCAUUAUCUCCAAGAUGAUGAGCAAAUUUGGUGGUGGUGCUGCUGGAGCACCCAAGUAGAGAAAAGAAUGCAAAAAUUUACUUUAGGACAGGUAAUUGUUGUUGAAGCAAAAGCUGUAAAUGUCGGCCUUUCGAGAUAGAAAUUUGAUAUGUCAGCUCUCACAUCGCAUCUGAUCAAACCAACCCUUUGUAACUUUUACCAAUUUAUUGGCCAUCAUCGUCUUCUGGUUUAUAAUAGCUUUUUUCUUUGGGUUAUUGGGGGGCGUUUUAUUAUGCCUUUACCAAUCAAACGAUGUCUGAACUUUUCUUGUGUUGAGGUUGUUUUGGUAGUGUACGUUUCAUAUAAUGAAUUCAAAAACGCAAUAAUAUGCCGCAAGUGGAUGCAUUUUCUC